CAUAUCGGAGCAGCGUAAAAGUGAAAACCUUUGAGGGGCGCGCGGUUAAGGUACGCCUGCGUAUGGCGAGAGUGGAAACUUAGUGAAAUUGAUGUUUGCAACGAAACAGGAAACAGACACAAUGCUGCUACUGAACGGUUGGAUAGGAGUCCUCUUAGGUUUUCUCUCAGCCUCAGAAGUACUUGGACUGAAGCUAAAAACGGUCCGCAUCCCGACGUACAAAUUUCGCAGCGAAUCGGCGCUGCUCGAAUGCCACUACGAGCUGAACGGUCAGCGCAAAGGCCACGGGUCGCCCGAUGCUGCCAACCGGAGGCACCACGGCUACCAGAGCGACUACCUUAGCGAACCGUUCGAGGAGGAGGAGAAGCUGUACUCCAUCAAGUGGUACAAAGACAACGAAGAGUUCUACCGUUACGUGCCGUCGGCUUCGCAGCCGAUCAAGAGCUACAAAAUCGAGGGCAUCCGGGUGGACCCAAACCACUCCGAUGGUACCAAGGUGCUACUGCGGGGGUUAACCCUCAAGUCGUCCGGCGUGUAUCGGUGCGAAAUCUCGGCCGAAGCGCCCAGUUUCGAUUCGGUGCAGGGCGAAGGCCGUAUGGACGUGAUAUACGUCCCCAAGGACGGGCCGCACAUAAGCGAUGGUGAACGGAAAAGUUACCAAAUCGGAGAAACCAUGGAGCUGAACUGCACUUCCGGCCGCUCCUAUCCCGCCUCUACGCUCCAGUGGUACCUCAACGACCUGCUAGUGACGGACCCGAAUAACGUCAUCCAUUACCCACCAGUACACAACCAGCACGGGCUAAUCACCACCUUCCUCGGGCUCAGCAUGGUCGUUAACCACCGACACUACAUCGACGGCACGAUGCGUAUCAAAUGCGUCGCCAGCUUAUCGCCUGUCCUGUGGAGGGGCGGCCAGGAGAGCAUCGUCCAGUGGGAGCAGCCCGCCAUCGAUAAUCGCGUUGCCAUGCUCUUGGGUAAGUCCUAA